AUGCCUUUGAUGAGCUUGUUUGGGUCGAAGGGGAGGCUGGUGCUGAGCACUUUCCUUCUUUAUGCUAUAAUCUUCGAGUUAGCUUAUUGUCAAAAUGAUGCCCAAGAACAGAGGACCAGUCCAGGGAAGAAGGCCAAUAAACCCAAACUUGGGAAAGCUACAAACAAAGGGCUGCGAGCUGUAACAACCAAACCUAAGGUCAAGACUACAGCCGCUCAGGCACAGACCUUCCUGACACAGGUGCUAAACAGAGGUAAGUUUACAAAGGUGGGAGACACAAUAAGCAUUCAGGCUGGAGACACUCUGGAGCUGAGGUGCAGGGGCAAACCUGUGCACUGGGGCGUCCCCCUUUACCUGGAGGAGGAUGACGAUGGGAGGCUAAAGAUUGUCCAACAUGAGCGAUACGGAGUUCUGACAUUAGUCAACACUACAGGUGCAGACACAGGGGAGUACACCUGUUACCCAAUGUACUGUGAGGACACAGACUGCAGAAAGGAGUAUGACAAAGCUGUCAAAGUCUUUGUCUUCUUUCCUGACCCACAAGAGCUAUUUGUUCCGUCAUCUGACUACUACGAGGUAAUUCAGCUGAGAACCAACUGGCCAACAGUCCUCCCCUGCCAGGUGACGUCACCUGAAGCCAAGGUAACUCUGCACCGUGAGUUCCCACCAGUGGAGGUGGUAGUGGACGGGACAGAGAUCUCCUUUAAUGUCAAAAAGGGCUUCACCAUCCAUCGUCCCCGGCCUUAUCACGCUGGAGCCUUGUACUGUGUGGCCAGUCUGGGAAACUUGAGGCAGAGCUCCACCAAAUACAUGCUCAUCUAUGUCAACUACCCGAUGGCUCCUCCUGCCCCAGUGAUCCAGGCCUCGACGAGCUCAGUGGCCGUGGGUGAGAAUCUGCGUGUCAGCUGUACUGCAGUGGGAGAACCGAAUGUGGCCAUAGAGAUCACCUGGGAAUACCCUGGACAGGAGAUAGGGAGGCCUCUGUACACACAGGACGGCGUCAGUCCAGUCAGUGGAGGUGCGGCUCGGCAGCAGACUCAGUCUGUUCUCCUGGUGGACGAGGUGAGGGAUGUCGACCAGGGAACGUACACCUGCACCGCUCAGAACCUGCAAGGAGCCAAAUCAGUGUCCACAAAUGUUAAAGUGGUGCCCAAAACAAAACCUAAGAAACCAUGA